UUUUUUUAUUUUUUUGGUUUUAAAUCGGAAGCUAAAGAUCGGAUUUUUCUUUUGUGAUUGUGAGUUUUUUCUCUUUAUAAUUUAUUUUUUACCGUUUCAUGGUAGUUGAUCAUCGUACAUUAUCUCAGAGCUGAUCUUCUUCUCUAAGAUUUGUGUGUGAUCGGUGGAGAGUUUCUCCCGAUGAUCGUUUUGUGUACUUGUUUCUGUGUUAAGGACUCAUCAUGAUUCAUGUUGAUUGUGUUUGUGUUUGAUCUCUCACACUGCUGCAAUAAAAAAAAAGAUUUAUUUGUAAAUGCGAGUGAUUUAGCUUUCUGAAAUUAUCUUGUAAGACAAGACAGUGGUGUUGUGUUUGCUGAUUAGUGGUGGAUUCUUAUCUCAAAGUUCUGUUUUUGAUGUAUUUUUUUCUAAGCACCAACCAAUGUUGUUUUUACAAUUGUUUACACUUUACACUAAGUUAUUUUGUCUGUUUCUUACAUCCAACUUUCACACAAUAGUUUCGUUGGUGUAAUUUCAUUCAAACUCAAGUGUUUUUCUUUUUUUUUUGGUUUCACCUAUCAGCACUUUAAGUUCUUACAUCAUCAGAGGAGUUGAAAGGUCGGGUUUGUCCAUCAGUUGAGUGGUGUAUAAACUCUUGAGGAUGGAUCAGAGAAGAUAUGAGGCAGAGUUUGAUGAAUUUGAGAAGCUUCUUCUAGAGAUUCCCAAAGUUACUUCAGGAAACGACUACAGCCCUUUCCCUCCUCUAUGUUAUAGCUCAAGCAGAUCAUCCUUCCAAGAACGAAACCUUCAUCUUCCCGGUGACUACGCAUUCACAUCUUCCCUUGCUGAAUCAAACUUCAACUUUGGAAUCUCAAAUCAAACUCCGGAGAACCCCAACCUUAUGUCCAUUCCUUCUUACCACUCUCCACCUUGUGUAUAUGCAGACAAGUUUGAUUCAAGAAAACAACUCGAUUCUCAAAUGCGUAGGAACCUUCAACACCUUGGUUGCUUUUCAAAUAUCUCACCUCCUCAGCCGCAGCAUUACAACAUGCCAUCCUCUCUGUCUCAUCAUCAGCUGGAAGAACAGUACCUCUAUCGCCGACCUCAACAGUCUAACAGAAACUUGUUCUGUAAUGGAGAAGAUGGUGAUGAAUUUGUGAGGAGUUUAAGGAAGAAGAUGUACUAUCCGGAGAAGCUUCUAGUGAGAUCACCGCUCGGUGUAAACACAGCUAAAGUCAUCAAGUACGGUCUCGGCGAAGAAGACUCACAAAACAGAAGAGUUCGGAUACAGAACCAUCACCAACUCGAUGAAGAAGCAGAUCUCUCAACCAGCCUCAACAGUCGGACGUUGCAUCCUCCAAAGUACUACUCUCUAGCAGAGGCAAGAGGGAAGUUCUAUUACAUGGCGAAAGACCAGCACGGUUGCCGCUUCCUGCAGAGGAAGUUUGCUGAGGGAGAUGGGAACGAUAUCGAAACUAUCUUUAACGAGAUCAUUGACUAUAUCAGCGAGCUUAUGGUUGAUCCUUUUGCUAACUAUCUAGUUCAGAAGCUGCUUGAAGUGUGCAACGAUGAUCAGAGGAUGCUGAUUGUUUGUUCCAUAGCUAGAAAGCCAGGAUUGAUUAUCAAAAUCUCUUGUGAUAUGCACGGGACUAGAGUUGUUCAAAAGAUCGUUGAAACGGUUAAGAGACAAGAGGAGAUCUCGAUCAUCAUAUCUGCUUUGAGGCAUGGUGGCAUUGUGACUCUGAUGAAGAAUGUAAACGGUAACCACGUUGUUCAACGGUGCUUGCAGUAUUUGUUACCUCACUGUAAGAAGUUUCUUUUUGGAGCUGCGAUGACUCAUUGUGUUGAGCUUGCAACUGAUAGACAUGGAUGUUGUGUUCUUCAAAAAUGUAUUGGCUAUUUCGAAGGAGAACAAAAAGAUCGCUUAGUCUCUAAAAUUGCCUCCAAUGCUCUACUCCUCUCUCAAGACCCUUUUGGGAACUACGCUCUUCAAUAUGUGUUCGAGCUACACCUUGAAUGGGCUGUCAACGAAAUCCUCGAGCAAUUAGAAGGGAACUACACCGAGUUAUCGAUGCAGAAAUGUAGCAGCAAUGUAGUUGAGAAGUGUCUGACACUAGCUGAUGACAAACAUCAAGCUCGCAUCAUCAGAGAACUCGUAACCGAUGGUCGUCUUGAUCAAGUAAUGUUGGAUCCUUACGGAAACUAUGUCAUUCAAGCAGCUCUUAAGCAAUCCAAGGGGACUCUACAUGGUAUUUUGGUCGAGGCUAUUAAGGUUUAUGUCUCAUCUCUUCGUACCAAUCCUUACGGUAAAAAGGUCCUCUCUGCACUUAACAACUCGAAGAAGUAAAUCAGCCAGAUUUGUACCAAAUGUGUUGGCCUGUGUUGUUGGUAAAGUUACCUUGUAAAUGUAAUGUGUAAUAAGAGUAGAAUUCGCAUGUUUGUGGUUUAAAAGAUCCAAAGAGACAGAAGAUUCAAAGAACGGUAUUAAUCUAAUUUACAUUCAUCUAUGUUUUGAAAGAUCAUAUUAAA